AUGAAUCUGAAGCAUUUCUUAUCGAGACUGACAAUCAACAAGGUGUCAAGAUUUAGCGGUAGAAGAACUCCAUCAUGGAAUUACAGAGAGGUUUGCACCAGUCGUUGUAUUACCCCUCUGAUUCACCUUCCAGAAUAUCAUAAAGAGGAUUCCCGGAUUGGAAACCCUAAAACGCCGAUGGCGCAUUCAUUCUUCUAUAGAUUUGUUCAUUCUGGUCAACAAACUGUUCCGAGCAGUACCAACGCUGUAGAGACUGUUUCUGUAAACUCAGAGGACGAUGAUGAUGUGGUAAUGAAUGAAUUCUUAUCUAGAUUCGUUUGGAUCAUGAGAGGAAAGCUUACAGAGGUUUAUACCGAUGCUGAUAAGAAAGAAAUCGAUGCAAUGCUUCAUAUCAUCGUUGAGAAGGUUGUAUCAGAAAUGGAGGCAGGUCGUCUAGAGUCGUUUCUUGGCUCUGAAACAGCCUCUGUGUCCCAAGAUUUUAGUGAGGAUUUAUGGAAAACAGUGUGGGAGGUUAGCAACAUUGUUGUAGAAGAUAUGAAGAAGGCUAAAAAGAAGGAAAAAAUGAAGAGUUUUCUUCAGUCUGAAGAAGUUAAAGAUAUGGCACGAUUUGCUGGUGAAAUAGGGAUACGAGGAGACUUGCUGAGAGAGCUUAGAUUCAAAUGGGCUCGUGAGAAAUUGGAAGAUAGUGAGUUUUAUGAUUCAUUGGAGCUUUUAAGACAAGAAGCUAAGGAACAAGAACAAGAACCAGAAUCAGAAACAGAAACAACCGAAUUUCAUGAAGAUAACAUUGAGAAAGAAGAUGAUGCUGAGGAGAUUUCUUUACCCAAAAGGAGUGGAAAGAUUAAAUACAAGAUCUAUGGCCUUGAUCUUUCCAAACCCAAAUGGGCAGAAGUGGCUGAUCAUAUCCAUGAAACUGGAGGAUCUGUAUGGCCUCAAGAACCAAAACCAAUAUCUGGAAAAUCAAAGAUUGUUACAGAGAAACUACUUUCAUUACAAGUAGAUAAUGAUCCUUCACCACUGAUUACAGAAUGGAUAGAGCUACAACAACCUAACAGGAUUGACUGGAUUGCAUUGCUUAACAGAUUAAAACAACAAAACGAUCAACUAUACUUCAAGGUUACAGAACUGUUACUCGAUGAAGAAUCUUUCCAAACCACCAUAAGAGAUUAUUCACACCUAAUUGAUGCCUACGCCAAAAACAACCAAUUAGAAAACGCAGAAAGAAUCAUCAAGAAAAUGACCGAAAAGGGCAUAUCACCAGACAUCCUAACAAAAACCACAAUGGUCCACAUGUACAGCAAAUCAGGCAAUCUGAAUCUUGCAAAAGAAGCAUUCGAUAGCUUAAAAACCUUAGGCUUCCAACCAGACCUCAAAGUCUACAACUCCAUGAUCAUGGCUUACAUCAACACAGGUGAUCGAAAAUCCAGUGAAGCUUUAAUGAGAGAUCUAGAGUCACAAAACUUCAAACCCUCUGAAACCACAUUUCUUGCAUUACUCAAAUCCUAUGCUCAAAACGGAGACCCAAUCGGAGCACAUCGAAUCUUCACCCGUAUGGAAUUUGCAGGAUUCCCAAAAAGCCUUGAAUCAUGCACUUAUCUUGUUGAAGCCUACAGCCGAAAAGGCAACCCUGAUCAAGCAAGAAAACAUUUUGAUGAAAUCAUCAAACUCGGAUACAAACCAAACGACAACUGCAUUGCUAGAAUGAUUUCAGCUUAUGCUAAAAAGAAUCUUCUAGACAAAGGUCUACAACUUCUGCUACAGCUUGAGAAAGAAGGAACUGAACAUGGUGUCGAGACUUAUUCUGUCCUCAUCGAUUGGUUAGGGAAGUUGCAAUUGAUGGAAGAAGUGGAGGGUAUUUUGGGGAAGUUAUCUGAGAAAGGUGUGGAUCCUUCAUUAUCAGUUCAUUUAAGUCUUUGUGAUAUGUAUGCAAGAGGUAGAGAAGAGAAGAAGGCUCUUCAAGCACUUGGUGUUGUUGAAGCUAAUAAGGAGAAGUUGAGAGGUGAUGAAUUUGAGAAAGUUAUAAGUGGUCUUAUUGCUGGUGGAUUUAAGCAAGAUGCUGAAAGGAUACAUAACAUGAUGAAGGAACAAGGGUUUAAAGUGUCUGAACAGUUGAGUGUGAGUUUACAAGCUGCUCAGACGUUUAAUCGGAAGAGAUCUUCUUUCAUGAGAUAGUUUUGUGAUUCAUAUUCUUGUUUGAUGGAUAUUUUGUUGGAUUUUCUCACUUUUGGUAAUAACUUGUGGUCUUGAAACUUGAAACUGAGGAAGAAAAAAGGGUUAUUGGAUCAUUUGAUUUGAUAAUAUAUAUAUGUUGCUUUAUUUAUUAAUUAUUAUUAUUAUUAUAGAAGUUGUUAGAGUUUAGGAUAGAAAAAGAUUGUAUGGAAUAUAUGGAUUACGUUUUUGCUUUGAUGUAAAACUUGUUUCUUAUUUCCAUCUUUUGGAAAAGGUUUGUAUCUCAC